AGGAGCUGAUGACGGUGCCAGAGCGGGGUGUCCUGGAAUUACCAUUCACCUUCAGACCUUUGGACAUGGUUCAGGCUUCUGCGUAUAUUGUAGUGGAGGUAGUUGAGGAAGGAUCCAAAGUGGACGGUGUUAAAUGGCAAUUCCCUGUAAAGGGAACGCCAGUUUUCAAUGUUAGUAAAGGUUACCAGUUACCGGUAAUAAGUUGCAAGUCAAAAGAACGGAAGGAGUGCUUCAUGGAAAUAAUUCUGGAUACGAACUCAGUGAAACCUACACAGAACGUGAAAUACACUGAGGCAGCCAUAAGCGAUAGACCGAGUGAGCUAAAAGAAGGAUGGAAGAAGAAGGAAUCCGAACAAGAGUUCACUUUCUCAGUAGACGAGACAAAUCUGCUUUCUUUACAACACUGUUCUUCUUCUCACAUAUCUCCUCCUGGCCUCAGUCUCAUUACCUUUACUCUAGUCUUCGCUCCCGGCAAACCCAUCAAGAAGACAGUAAAGUUAACAGUGGACAGUAAAAAUGGAGGUCGGUGGAUCUACCCGUUCACAAUCCACUCUACCUCAGCCGAACCUGACGACAGUAUCGUGAUUAGAGCUUCAGGUCUGCACAAGGACUCUGUCGUGGGCAUCAGACUCAACAGCCUUGAUAGUUCCAGUAUCUCGUACGAAGCAUAUCUAGAUAAGGGAUCAGAUCCUGAUUUCAGGGUCUAUCCUCCGACAGGACAGCUUCUGCCUCUGGGAACUGAGGGAACUCUUAUUUGUGUCGCUUAUAAACCCACCCUUUACGGAAAAACUCACAACGCCAAACUUAUUGUUCAGACUCCGACAAACCAGUGGUCGUACGUGAUCCAGGGACAAAGUCCGGCUUUUAGUGUGCCAGUUGGAGUGACCACCACCCCUAGCAGGCUACCAAAGCCCUCUCCAGGUGUCAAGAAGAACUUUAUCAGACAAAAUAUGCGGGUCCUUGCUCAGAAUACUCCGUGAACAAUGUUGUGAACAAUGUUGUGAACAAUGUGCCUUCGGGCUGAGAGGAGCGUGUUUUUAGACUUUUCGUACAGACACUGAUAUUGAGAUGAUUAUUCAGAGUAAAAAGAGUUCAAAAUUAUAUGUAAAUACAUUUUGUAACAUAGAUUGUAAGUGUCAUUAAUGUGUGGAUAUUUUCUGAAAUUUUCUGUAGUUUCUCGUUUAUUUUAUGAGAUCAGUUAUGGGUUACUGUAUGAACAAUGAAAGACAGUAAAAAUGAUAGUAUCUACCAUUCUCACCAACUUAUUGUUAUGUUGAUAUUAAAGACCAUCUUAA